CAUUUCAGACAACAGUUGUGCAACAGUAGUGUGAUGUGCCACAAUGAUCGCAAGAUGCGUUGGUUUGAUUUUUCUGUCUCUGAUUCAAAGCCAUGAGUUUUCUCACCGGAUCUCGUUGACUGUCGCUGACCUUGGAGAUAACGUGACUCUGACAUGUUCAGUCUCUGGGGAUCAACCCAGGUUUUUGUUCUGGCACAAGCUGAAUUUUGGAAAUAUGUUUCAAAGGGUUGCUGUAGGAUAUUUGGACAGAACAACACUUGAAUAUCCCUUUAACAGCUCAAGAUUCAAUUUCACAAAACUGCGUGAUGUGUAUUUUCUGACCAUAAGAAAUGUAAGAAAAGAAGAUGAAGCAACAUACCUCUGUCAAGGAGGAUCUUCAAUAUCAAUGGUGUUUUUCAAUGGCACACUUUUGGCUGUGAAUGAUCCUAAAAACCAGAAGAAAUCGGUCUACGUGAAACAAAGUCCAGAUGUGGAGUCGGUCCAGCUGGGAAAUUCUGUGACUCUGAGGUGUUCACUUGUCUACAAGAAGGAAGAAAACAAGAGUCGGUGUCCAGGUGAACGCCGUGUGCACUGGUUCAGAGCUGGAUCAGAAUCCAAUCCGGGCAUCAUUUACACUGACAGUACCUGCAGUGAUGGACAGGAGGGAAGGAGCUGCGACUACCGUCUGUCCAAAACCAUAAGAGAGUCCUCAGAUGCUGGAACUUACUACUGUGCUGUGGCCACGUGUGGACAGAUCCUGUUUGGUGAAGGAACUCAAGUGGAGACAAAACAAGAACUGUUUCCACUUGUCAUCGUGACCGGGACAUUACUGGCCUCCUCACUGCUUGUGAACUGUGCCCUGAUUUUCACCAGAAAAAAAAAGCAAGUUUGCAAACAUUGCAAAGGAGAAGUACCAGCUUCCAAUCAUGCUGAACUGGACACAUCAGCCUCGGCUCAACCGAACAAUGUGGAUGGUGAUGAGGUCGGAGUGAACUAUGCUGCACUGGAUUUCUCAUCAAGAAAAACUAAAAGAUGGAAGAAGAAUACGAGGGAGUUAGCAGAGGACUGUAUGUACUCUGACACGAGAGAAUACCUGUGAAGCUCAGUCGCCAAGAAGAAUGAACAUCAGCAUAAUAUGUACAUGCAGCAUGUUAAUCCUAUUGAGGUAAAUAAAAUAAGAUAAAACGUGAUAGAAAAUGUAUUGCAUAGACGUAUUUUUGCUGUGAUGUUGUUGUGAAUAGCCAUAUGACAUAGAUUUGGAUAGAGAUAGUACAUAAUGCAUUUUUUCAUGCUGGUUGUUUAAAUUGAAAUGAAAAAAUAGUAUGAUUUUACUAUUGUUUAAAUAUUUUUACCACUGUUACAUCUUAUCGGAUUGAUUGAUCUGAUCAGAUUUUAUUAUCCAUUCAUAAACUGAAAUACAUAUAUAUUAUGCAAGAAAAUAUUUCCCUGUCAUUAAAGAGAAAAUACAUGUAC